GCGUAGUCUACCCAGUGAUUUUGACGUUUACUUUUUAGGUUAUGUUCGGCGCGAGUUGAUACACAACAAAUAUAAAUUUAAAUCAUAAUAAAUUUAAAAUUUAACAAUGCGUUUUACUAUUAAACAAGCCGGAUGUGGUAGUGAACGAGUUGGGUGUAUAACUGGAUUCCUGAAAUGUCCUGGCACUGUUAUCGAAACCCCUACUUCUGCUCUUCUAACCCAGGGUGGCAGUGUUGUGCACCUCACAGCAGAUGUAUUAGCAAGAGUAUUUACAAACCCACAACUCCUAUGGGUACCAUUGUCCACAUCUCUAUCUCUUGAAGCAGGUGUGAAAGCCCAGGGUGAAGGUGUAGCCAAGUUUGCCGGCUUACCCCAACACCUCUCCUGUGUCACACUGCACAACGCAAGUGAUGUGACACCGGCAGGUCAUUUCGAAUCUGACAAAGUACCUCUGUGGACAAAGAAUGGAAAGAAAAUGAUUACUGCUGAUAGAUAUAUGGAAAUAAUGGAAGUAUUCAAACCAGACAUAAUUUUGGCCAUUGCAGAUGGUCGCACAUCAAUUACUGAAGCCACUAAAAGAGUAUUGAAAUCUGUGGAGAGGUCAAAUAAGAUGCUGGAUGUUUGUGUCAAUAGAUACAAGGCUUCUGAAAAAUUGCAAGAAAGUUCUUUGAUAGGUGUCAUAGUAGGGGUUGGACAAGACAAAAAAGGCUAUGAAAGCAUCCAACACACAUUGAAACAUAAGGAAAUUCUAGGUGGUAUUGCCCUAUCCGGAUUAACUGAUGGAACUGAAGAGUCCAUGAAGAUAGCUACUGACAAUUUAGACAAUAUUUUGAAAAAAGUUGAUGAAGCAAUACCCAAGGACUUACUACGUAUUAUAGAAGGCUGUUGGAACCCCGCAGUUGUCGUGGCUGCUAUUGAACAUGGCUGGGACAUGUUCGACGGUUCAUAUCCGUUGAAGUUGACGAAUGCUGGUCAAGCACUGAAAUUGAAUUUUGAUGGUCAUCAAAAUAGUGAUGAACUCUGUAUUUUGGACCUUAAUGAUGAACGAUAUAAAGAUGAAUUUAAACCAAUUCUGGAAGGCUGUGAAUGUCUAACGUGCAAAAAGCAUACUCGGUCUUAUAUACGACAUCUUUUGAACACACGGGAAAUGUUAUCUAAUGUUUUGCUAAGCAUACAUAACCUGCACCACUUUGACCAGCUAUUCCACCAUUGCCGUCAACAUAUCUCCGCAAAUACAUUUAACGUAUUCAAACAACUCAUCACUCACCAGUACGACCUCUAUAAGGCUUCACAAUUACCCAUUGGACCCAGCGAACAAGAAUGCCAAGUUGAUAUUGAUAUGACUAGCACCGAAGGAAGUGUUGAAGAUGCAGAAGUUGGUCCUACGAACCAGAAAAAGAAGAUAUGUGUGAGUAAAGUACCUCGAAUGUAGUGUAGAUAGUGGACAGAGUGAAUGUAGUGUAGUGUAGACAUUGGUAUAGUUUAGAAUUUUGUAUUCAAGGCUAUUUUUGUAUUUUGUAUUCAAGAUUGCCAAAGUUGAAUACUGUUGAUACAGUGUCAAAAAAUAAGUGAUUCGCCCAAACAGAGUUUGAAAUGGCAACAUUUUUCUCGAAUUUGCAGGCUAAAUAAUACUGCUGCCAUUACAAAUAAAUGUUCAAGUGCAUUUAAUGAAAUUAUGAUUGUAUGGUUCAAAUCAUUCUGAAAAUCGAUAGAUGGUUGUUUUAGUUAGUUUCUAAAUUAUAUUCAUGGUAAGUAGGUACCUAUAAUAAUUUUAGAUUACAGUGAUUUGAUUUGUGAUUUAGCUAGUUAGGUAGUAAAGUAAGUAAGUAAUUUAGCUUUAUUAUUAAUAUUGUCAAAAUUGCGAAAUUCUAAAUCCGAACUAGGUAAUUAUUUAUACUAAUAAAGUAUUAUUAUGACCAAAAAUUUUGAGGAGAUACAAAUAACUUUAGUAUGGUAAUCUAUUUCAGUUUUUUUAUUAAUGUUGUAUUUAUGUAAGCAAUAAAUAGUGGCCUUAAAAAUGAUCAGUUGAUUGUCAUAUUAUAAUAUCAUAAUAUAUAAGGAAAUACAGGGUGUUAGUGACGUCGUAACGAAUACUGAGGAGGAUGAUUCAGCUCAUGAGUCCGAGUUAAUAUCAAGUGGAAUUUUCCGUCGCAAAAUUCACGACUUUUAUUGUUUUUAAUUAUUUUCGAUUUUAUCCUUUUCCGAUGGAAAAUUCCACUUCACAUUAACUCAGGAUAGUGAGCUGAAUCAUCCCCCUCAUGAUUCGUUAUGAUGUCACUUACACCCCGUACAAGUAGUGUACAGGUAGCCAUACCAAUACGUAUGGGUGUCAGUGACACCGUAGGUAUAUACACCGGAUACGAAUACAGGACGUAUGUAUGGGUGUUUUUUUUUUUAAUUAUUUUCUGUUCCAUACUUUUGCGACGGUAAUUUCGGUUUCAAUCAUCCCUCAAAGUUUUCCUUACGUUGUCUCUAACACCCUGUAUAUACAUAUAUUAUUAUAACAGUCAAUACUAUUAUAAUUAUUAAUUUCCCUAAUUAAAUGGAUCAUGUCGUGGUUAUCAUAUUCCUUCUCCAUGUCGAAGGGAUUUAAUUCUCAAGAAAAUUUUAAUAUAUCUUUAAUGCAUUCCGUCGCAAUAACACUAUAAAAACUCAUUGCUUUUAAAAAUGGAAAACAUUGCAAAAUAUUUGUUGCACACACGGCGUUCGACUGCAUUGCUUGAAUAGUUCAGUAGAGGCGCCAUUUUAGGACCACAAAAAUGCAAACGUAUUUGCCGCAGGGACAUGACGAAAUCUUUAGCCAACGCAUACAUGACGAAUCCUAAUGUUUUCAUUCGUAAAAUGUCAAGUAUGACUCAUAAUAUCAGUCAUUAAAUUGUGGUGACGUAUCAAAUAGACUUCAUUUGUUUUGUUUUUACAAGUUCACUACUCAGUGUUUCGAUUAGCCUACUUUUGACCUUGAUUAUGUUUAUGUUUGUCUCAUCUAGAUACGAGUUGUAGUUUUUAUCAAAUAUUAGUACUUAUUAGUAUUUCUAUAGACACCGCGUAGUUCCGAGUUCGUCAUUGUCUACCUACUUACAUUAAGAAGAUAUAUUCCAUGUGCUUUUACUUACCUAGAAUAAGAAGUUGUACCUCGCGGGCAUUUAGCAUAAUGUUUUUUAAGUUUAGCUAUUUAUAUAAGGUUUUUUAAAUUAAAAAUAUUCCUCAUAAAUACGUUUUUAUGUACCACGAACUAUCCAAUAUACGAGUAUGAGAAGUAGCCCUAAUGAGAAGAAGCCCAAGUGAGAAGUAGCCAAAAUGAGAAGUUGCCAUAAUGAAAAGUAGUCCAUUUGCGAGUCGGUUGCCAUGAUAGUUUUUUAAAUAUCGAUUCACGUAUAUACUUACGUGUUUAUAUUGUUUUUUGCAGGUUAAGCCUUUAUUUGAAUUGGCAUUGCUAAUUGUGCUGACGACUACUUUUCGCAUACUGUUAAUCGUAAUUCUCAUAUUAACUUUUGUUUUUUUUAUUUUACUUUUUUAUGUUCUAAUACUUCCGAGACUAUGAUUUUCAAUCGUCCAGUUCAUCAAUGAUAUCGAGUGGCAUGAUUGAUAGCGUUCUCCUUAUCUGUGAAUGUUUUGUAAAUGUAAACUGCACUAUUACAAGUACAAACCUUCAAAUUA